AUGUUUUUCCUGUCUAUGAAGAAAGUGUUGUGCGUUCUGCUAGUUCUGGCAAAUAGGAUUGUGACAAACGCAACUGUCACCUACACAGUGCCAGCUUCUGCCGCAACAGGAGCAACAGCUCUCGAUCCGGCUCCUGUAGGACUCUCAUUCGAAUUCUUCGCCUUCCCAUCAUACUUUAAAAACGUGACGGCGACGAACCAAUGUCUUCAAAAUUUUGAGACAUUGACAGGAACAUGGCCUCCAAUACGAAUUGGUGGAACAACCCAAGAUCGGGCUACUUAUGAUCCCAAUACUUCGGCUUAUGUUGUCUACACCGUGGCUGCUUCGACCGAUGCCCCUGCAGCUUUGACUUUCGGCCCAGCUUUCAUGACUCUCGCGGGCACGUUUGCUGGGAGCGUCGUUCUUGGGCUCAAUCGCGGUCAUGACAAUAUCACAAACACAAUUGCUGCGGCCAAAAUCGCAAAGAGUAGCAUGACAAACUUGCUUGCAAUUGAGCUAGGAAAUGAACCAGAAUACUGGUCAGGAGUUCAGCCCAUCGCCUCCGGGACCUGGACUCCAGCUACCGAUGCCGCAUCUCAGGAUGAUUGGGAUAUACAAGUCGGGCAAGCUCUGAGUACCCAAUCUAUCAUCCAAGCCGGAAACUCAAAUUCAGCGCCUCCGACAUGGGGAGCAGCCGAGCUGAUCUCUACUGAGAACACUACGGCAAAGUCCUAUGUCUAUGACUAUGCCCAUCAUAACUAUCCCGGGGGAACCUUGACUUCACUGAUGAGCCACAGUAGCAUCUCGAGCAAUGUAGAAAUCUUUACAUCGGACAUUGUAGCGGCAACCUCGGUACAAAAAGAAUAUGUACUUGGCGAAACAAACUCAGUCUCCGGUGGUGGAGCAGCAGACGUAUCUCCUGCUUUCGGAGCAGCCCUCUGGACCAUGGACUAUGCGCUCCGCACCUCCCUCGCCAACAUCAAACGCACGUAUUUCCACCACGGCACCAUCGGGGCCUGCUACUAUUGUUGGUGGGGCCGUUAUGAUAUGGGUGCGCCGUACUACGGCGCAUACGCAGCGGUAGCCGCGCUGGCAGGCGGCUCCUAUAUAUCAGCCCUCGAUGACGGGAGCACAAACUACGCCGUCUACAUCAUCUACGACUCGGCACGCAAGCCGCUGCGCGCACUGUUGUAUAACUCGGACUACUAUGCCGUAGGGACUGGGACGCGGGGGAGUCAGAGCUUCGUGCUGCAGGGCUUGACGGCGGCGAGUGUGAAGGCGAAGAGGUUGACUGCUGCGGGGGCCGGGAGUAGGGUGGAUCAGGGGAGUAACCCUACGUUUGGGGGCCAGACGUUUGCAAAUGUCACGUGUGCGAUUGGGGGCACAGAGGUUUUUGAGAGCACGGCUGUGGUUACUGGGGCGGCUACGUUUACAGUUGCUGCUUCGGAGGCCCUGCUUUUGUAUUUACAAUGA